AUGGAGGAAUGGAAUCACACCACCACUGGUUUCAUCUUGCUGGGACUUUUUGCUCCAACAAAAACGGGUCUGCUCCUCUUCCUCCUGGUUGUCCUCAUCUUCUUGAUUGCCUUCUUGGGUAACUCAACCAUGAUUUUCCUUAUCUAUGUGGAUCACCAUCUCCACACUCCCAUGUACUUCCUACUCAGUCAGCUCUCCCUCAUGGACCUUGUGUACAUUUGCAGUAUAGUACCCAAGAUGGCCUUCAACUUCCUAUCUGGGGACAAUUCCAUUUCUGUACUGGCUUGUGGGUUCCAAAGUUUCUGUUUUUUGGUCAUAGCAGGUGGCGAAGGGUUACUCCUGGCUUCCAUGGCCUAUGACCGUUAUGUGGCCAUUUGCCGUCCCCUCCAUUAUCCCGUCCUCAUGAACAAGAGAACGUGUUUGCUGAUGAUCAUUGGGUCUUGGGUCUCUUCAUCCAUCAAUUCCAUUUCUCAUACAGUGUAUGCACUCUCUAUGCCCUAUUGCAAGUCCAGAAUCAUUAACCAUUUCUUCUGUGAUAUCCCAGCCAUGGUGCCUCUGGCCUGCAUGGAUACCUGGGCCUAUGAGUAUACAGUGUUCUUCAGCACCAACCUAUUUCUUUUGGUCCCUUUCCUUGGCAUCAUGGCUUCCUAUGGCCGGGUUCUCUACACUGUCCACCUCAUGCGCUCAUCACAGGGGAAGACAAAAGCUUUCACCACCUGCUCCACUCACCUGACCGUGGUCACCUUCUACUAUGCCCCAUUUGUGUACACAUAUCUGAGACCUCCAUCUCUGCGUUCCCCAGAAGAGGACAAGAACUUGGCUGUCUUCUACACCAUUCUCACCCCUAUGCUUAACCCCAUCAUCUACAGCCUGAGGAAUAAGGAGGUGUUGGGGGCCCUGCAGAGGGUCUCUGAGAGAGUCUUAUCACAGAAAGUAUAG